UUUAAGGUGCAAAUUCCAAACGCGUAGGCGCGAAAAAGCGAGUCACGUGUCGCGCGAUUAUAAAUUGGAAGGGCACAAAUUUUUGCUGCGCUACGGUUUUCCUAGACUUUCAAACACGUCUUCUUUCCUCCAACACAUAUAAUUCUAAAUGGCUGCCUCUAUUGACAAGACUUCAAACCUUCUUUCUGAGAUGACUCUUACUGACUCUGAGAAGCCCAGUGUCCACUUCACUCAGCAGCUUGCCAAGAAGGAGAACAGCGAAGUCGCUAAGAUUCGUUUGGAAGAACCUAUCCUCAAACCCAACCCCAGACGUUUCGUUCUCUUCCCUAUCAAGUAUCAUGAGGUGUGGCAAUUCUACAAGAAGGCCGAAGCUUCUUUCUGGACUGCUGAAGAGAUUGACCUUUCCAAGGAUCAGAAUGAUUGGGACAAUCGCUUGACCAAGGAUGAACGUUACUUCAUCUCCCAUGUCCUUGCAUUCUUUGCUUCUUCUGAUGGCAUUGUCAAUGAGAAUCUCGUCGAGCGAUUCUGUGGUGAAGUCCAAAUCCCUGAAGCCAAGUGCUUCUACGGCUUCCAAGUUAUGAUGGAGAAUGUUCACGCUGAGACCUACUCACUUCUCAUCGAUACCUACAUCAAGGACUCUCAAGAGAAAGAGUAUCUGUUUGACGCUAUUGAUACCAUUCCCUGCAUUACCAAGAAGGCUGCCUGGGCUUUCAAGUGGAUCUCCAGCAACGACUCCUUUGCUGAACGUUUGAUUGCUUUCGCUGCUGUCGAAGGUAUCUUCUUCUCUGGCUCCUUUGCCUCCAUCUUCUGGCUCAAGAAGCGUGGUCUCAUGCCUGGCUUGACCUUCUCCAACGAACUGAUCUCUCGUGACGAAGGCUUGCACACUGACUUUGCUUGUCUCCUCUUCUCUCUCCUCCGCAACCAACCUAGCAAGGAACGUGUCAAGAUGAUCAUCAUGGAAGCUGUUGAGAUUGAGCAAGAGUUCUUGAGCGAUGCUUUGCCUGUUGCCCUCAUUGGCAUGAACUCCGUCCUUAUGUGCCAAUACAUUGAAUUCGUUGCCGAUCGUCUUUUAGUGUCCUUGGGUUGUGAGAAGCACUACAAGGUCACCAACCCCUUCGACUUCAUGGAUAUGAUCUCCCUCCAAGGCAAGACCAACUUCUUCGAGAAGCGUGUGUCUGACUACCAACGCGCUGGUGUCAUGAACAAGGACAAGAGCGAGAAGGACUUCACUCUUGAAGCCGACUUCUAAGCAACUCAAUGCCGCCUCCCUGGCGUUAUGCUGUACCGUUUCUGUUUCUUUAAUUUAUGUUUUUGCCUUUACACUUCUUUGUAUAUAGAAAUACCAGAUCUCUCAUUCUUCACAUACGUGCAGAUGCGCACACUCACUGAUAUUCCCCCCCCCCACUUUUGUAGUUUUACCCCUCGAAAUAAAUUCAGUUUAAGCAAAAAUACAA